CUGUAUCCAAACUUAUAAGAGGGAAAGAGAAGUGUCAUCCUCCCUCAUACCAAAGAAUGAGAGAUGAAGAGUAUUUAAGAUCAGACAUGGAGCUUCAUGGACGUCUGAUCAGUCUGCUGGAGCUUCCAGCUCUGACUCGGCUCUCAGAGGAGGAAGUGAUGUGUCAGACUCUCCGGUGUGUGUCUCUCUGUCAUCCUGGCGUUCAUGUUUUCCUCAUCAUUAUUCCUGAUGCUCCACUGACUGAUGAAGACAAAGCAGAAAUGGAGGAGAUCCAGAGGAUCUUCAGCUCAAGAAUCAACAAACACAUCAUGGUCAUCAGAAUCCAAGACAAGAACAUAAUUAGCCGGAUUAAUAUAAUUCCUUCUUUAGCUACUGAGACAUGUAUUCAUGUAUUUGGAGGUAGUCAGUCUGUUCUGGAGAACAGCUCACAGUUUCCAGCUCUACUGCACAAUGUGGAGAACAUGGUAAAACUGAACGAUGGAAGUUUCUACACAACCUUCAUGUGCCUUCAGGCUCGAGUAGAACUGGAGAUAAACAAACACAGAGCUGAAAUAGAGAAACUGAGAAGAUCUAUGAUGAAAAGAGCAGCAGGUAUAACAAACAGUGAUGGUGAUGAUGGUGGUAAUGAAGUGAGGAUUGUGCUGCUGGGAAAGACGGGUGUUGGGAAAAGUGCAACGGGAAACACAAUACUGAGAAGAGAAGCUUUUAAAUCAAAAGUUGCUCCAUGCUCAGAGACCAGAGAGUGUCAGAAAGAAAUGACUGAGUUCAACAGAAGACGGAUAACUGUGAUCCACACUCCAGGCCUGUUUGAUACUGGAGUUGAUAAUGUUGAGACCAGGAAGGAGAUUGUGAAGUGUGUUUCAAUGGCAGCACCUGGACCACAUGUGUUUCUGCUGGUGAUUCAACUGGGACGAUUCACUCAAGAGGAGAUAGAUGCAGUGAAGAUGAUCCAGGACAUGUUUGGAGACAAAUCCAGAAUGUAUACCAUGGUGCUCUUCACCAGAGGAGAUGAUCUUAGAGGAAAAAGAAUUCAAGAAUUUAUUGAAGAUGACGAAAACUUACAGUACCUCAUCCAUCAGUGUGGAAAGAGAUACCAUGUGUUCAAUAACAAAGACACUAAAGAUCAGACGCAGGUUUCUGAGCUGCUGGAUAAGAUUGACUGUAUGGUAGCAGUAAAUGGAGGGAGUUUCUACACCAAUGAGACAUUCCAGCAGGUGGAGAAGAACAUCAGAGAGGAACAAGAGAGAAUCAUGAAAGAGAAAGAAGAGGAGAUCAAGAGAAGAGAAGAAGAGCUGAAAGCCAAAUAUGAAGAUGAAAAAGAACUAAUGAAAAAAGAAAAGGAGAGAGAAAAACAAGAGAUGCAGAAUGAACUGAGAAAAAGUGAGGAAGAAUUCAAAAAGAGAGAAGAAGAGAUCAAGAAAGAAACAGAUGAAAAUCUACGAAAAGAGCUACAGAGAAAACUGGAGGAGAAACAGAAACUACAUGAAGAAGAAAAUAAAAUAGAAGAAAAGGCUUUGGGAGAACAACAACUAAACUUCAUAAAAUACCUGGAAGAAAAACAUAAGAAAGAAAAACAAAAACUCAGGGAGAAAAAUCAGCGUGAAACAAGGGAACAAGCAGAGCGUGAAUAUCUCAUAAAACUUGAGAGAGAAGUAGAUAAUGCUUUACAAGAGUACAACAGAGAAAACACUGAAGCUUUUCACGAUGAACAAGUACAACCCUCUUGUGACUAUAGUUUCUACACCAAUGAGAUGUUACAGCAGAUGGUAACGAACAUCAGAGAGAGACAGGAGAGAAUCAUAAAAGAGAAAGAAGAAGAGACCAUGAGAAGAGAAGAAGAGCUGACAGCCAAAUAUGAAGCAGAAAUAGAAGAAAUGAAGAAAAAAAAUGAGAGAGAAAGACAAGAGAUGCAGAAUGAACUGAGAAAAAUUGAAGACAAAUUAAUAAAUAAAGAAAAAGAGAUAAAGGAAGAAAAAGAUGAAAAGCUACAAAAAGAGCUGCAGAGAAAACUAGAGGAACAGAAGAAACUAUAUGAAGAGGAGAAGGAAAACAGGAAGAAAAACAUGGAAGAAAAACAUCAGGAGAGCAUUCUACUUGGAACAAGGGAACUAACAAAAGAAGAGGCAUUGCAGAAAUGUUUACUAGAAAUAGGAGACAGCCUUGACGGUUACCUUGAACUACAAUCAUUAUUGGAACAAGUUCAUGGCUGUCGGCACUAUAGAGAUUUUAUUGGAGCAGCUGCUGGACGUGUUGUUGGAUCUUUUCAAAACAUUGUGUAUUGGAUUAUCGGCUCACGUUCUCAACGUUAA